AUGGCUACUUCAUGGACAAACAAGAAAAGCUCAUCAGAGUCAGAGCGUCCUCCGAGAUCUUCCGGAAACCUGAACAAUGCGGCUCUAGGCUCCAGUGCGGAUCAAAUGCAAAAUGAGGCUCAAAGAAAGCGACAGGCUACAGAAGAGAGUUUAUCCAUAUAUCGUCAGUUCCUAUUUGGACGUCGAAAUUCAAAUUCCUGUGACACCACGCCUGUGCAGCAUAAAUUUUGCUAUGAUUUGCUAGGAGAGAAAGCAGCUGCUGGUCACUUUGCUCUUGGACCUUAG